AUGUACACUUCUAGGCCAAUCGAUUCAUCGGCCUCAUCGCCAAGAAUUCAGCUGCAAUGCAAAGGACCCAAUGGAUCAGGUCCUGAGUGGGUGCCCCUAAAGCAGGAUUGGAGCGAGCGCUGGUGUACACUGCCCGAUAGAUUUACAGAAGAUUAUGCGAUUCGAAUUCAUGACUUCGAGACGCGAGAUAGUGAUGUUUUCGUGGUGACUUUUAUGAAAGCCGGCACUACGUGGAUGCAGGAACUGGCCUGGCUUUUGCUAAAUAAAAUGGAUUACGAAACAGCUAAAAGCAGUUAUGCAAUGCAUAGGAGUGUUUUCUUGGAAGAGUCCGCCGUAAAUCCUGCAGUUCCGGAUUCUAUUUCACUUUGCAAUAAAAUGAAGGGUAAUCCACGAUUGAUCAAAUCUCAUUUGCCCGCUCAACUGCUACCUCCACAGCUCUGGAAACAGGGCCGCAAGAUUAUAUAUAUGGCCCGAAAUCCUAAGGAUAUUGUGGUUUCUCAGUAUCACUUUCUCACUGGAUUCGGUUUUUGGCAGGGCAGUUUAGACGAAUUCGUAGAUGAUUUUGUAGCUGAUAAGGUUAGUUUUACCUCUUACUGGGCGCAUGUUAUCGACUUUUAUAGAAUGCGCGAUGAAGAAAAUAUUUUCUUUGUUACCUACGAGGAAAUGAGCCGAAAUCUUGGGGAUGUUAUCAAGAGGCUAUCGCUGUUCUUAGGCUGCAAAGAAUUAAGCGAAAAUGAAAUGGAUAAACUCAUAAACCACUUGAGCUUUAAGAACAUGAAAGAAAGCAAGUUUGGCAAUCCCACCGGUUUGAUGAAAACAUACCGCAAAAUUGGCGAUGAUUUUCAAUUUAUGCGACGUGGUAUUGUAGGUUCCUUCAAGGAUGAGUUGAGUUCUGAGGGCAAGGAGAAAAUUGAUCAAUUAACUUACACAUUUCUGAAAGAAUAUGGACUUACUGAAUCCGACAUUUUUGGCGAAGUUUAA